CAUGCGGUCCCUACCCAGUUAGAGGCGCCACCUCACGGUCCUGGGCUUCGGUCCCGGUAAGGCUGGGAAUGUCCCGGGCGGUGGCGGCUCACACUUGAGUAGCGCACCAUCCUGCACUGCUGUAUUGCAGGGCCCGGGAGGCUCACAGUUCCGAGAUGGCCGGGCAGGCAAACAAAGAUGUGAAGUACUACACCCUGGAAGAGAUUCAGAAGCACAAAGACAGCAAGAGCACUUGGGUGAUCCUGCACCACAAGGUGUACGAUCUGACCAAGUUUCUGGAAGAGCAUCCUGGUGGCGAAGAAGUCCUAAGAGAGCAAGCUGGGGGCGAUGCUACCGAGAACUUUGAGGAUGUUGGGCACUCUACUGACGCACGAGAACUGUCUAAAACAUACAUCAUUGGGGAGCUUCAUCCAGAUGACAGAUCAAAGAUAGCCAAGCCUUCGGAGUCUUAAAGGUGAUGUGUCAAGGUUGGUGUGUGUCGCUGGGCUGCUUUGCUCAUGCACCCCUGAAGUGAAUUUGCCUCUGGAGAGGGGGGAGUCUCUCUAACAUACCUCGCAGGGGCAUUGCUUUGUCUUGCUACAAACAGCUGCUUGCUUUACCGAAGUUUUCAUGUGUGCUGCAGAGAGGUACGGCUGUGAUUCCCUGGUAGCGCUGGCCUGUCUGUAGCUGCUUGUGUUGAAGCACUAACAGUUUCACCGGUGUGGAAUAUUACCAGUGCUUCCUAACAUGUGUUAAACCCUAAACGUGUGUGCUUCGGGGGCUGCAGUGUUUGAAUAAUUUGGGAAAAUAUGUCUGUUUUUGUUUUUGUUUUUCUAUGGUCCUCAUGAAAAGGACUGUGCUCAGAAAGUGCUGGAAAGUAAACAGAGCUUUAUUUGUUGGUUAGGCAGAGUGGUUUCUGAGUUAGUCUGGGUUCUUCCUGGUGCCAUCUAGUGAGUUAAAGAAAUCUCAGAACAGGCGGUCUAAGCCUGUGAUACAAAUUCUUACUGUUUUAGUUGAGACACUUCUAAUGUAGCGCAGGUACACUUUUAUGCCCUGUCAGAUUUGAAUGAAUUAAAUGACAUUUUAUUUAAUAUUUAAUGCUUUGAAGAAUUAAAUUUCCUUUCCACAAGACAGUAAUACAGUCUUAUAUAUGUGUCCAUGAGUAUUCUGUUUUCAGGUUUUAUGUUGAAGUGCUGAAAUGUUAAAAGUGGAUUAUAUGUAUUCUAUUAACAUUUUCAAAUUAUAAAGUUUAUAUUCUUAAGUAAUUUAAAGAUUGUCCUUAAAAUUUUCAUUUUCUUGAAAAAUGGUAAAUUUAGGCUUUUUAGUAAGAACUUGGAUAUAAUUUUUUUAACAAUUUUUAAAAGAUAGAGUUGAAUAAAAUAAAUGGUGAGUUCCUUUUUAAUAUUAAAACAGGAUUUCAAUCAGGGGGAUAAAUGCUCAGAUGUAUCCUUAACUUCAUGUUUUCUUUUGUG